AGUUCCACUUCUCAGACACUGAAACUCAGACAGUCGUUCGUCACUGAGAGGUGAAAUGGCGCAGAAAGGAGUUGAGCUGGAGCAGGAAUCCAUCUCUUGUUCCAUCUGUCUGGAUCUACUGAAGGAUCCCGUGACUAUUCCCUGUGGACACAGCUACUGUAUGAGCUGUAUUAAAACCCACUGGGACAAAGAGGAUGAGAAGAGGAUCUACAGCUGCCCUCAGUGUAGACAGACCUUCACACUGAGGCCUGUCCUGGGGAAAAACACCAUGUUGGCUGAUUUAGUGGAGCAGCUGAAGAAGACUGGACUCCAAGCUGCUCCUGCUGAUCACAGCUACGCUGGAGCUGAAGAUGUGGCCUGUGAUGUUUGUACUGGGAGAAAACUGAAAGCCGUCAAAUCCUGUUUGGUUUGUUUGGUCUCUUAUUGUGAAAAACACCUCCAGCUUCAUUAUGAUGUUCCUCUGUUAAAGAAGCACAAGCUGGUGGACCCCACCAACAAGCUCCAGGAGAACAUCUGCUCUCGUCACGAUGAGGUGAUGAAGAUGUUCUGCCGCACUGAUCAGCAGUGUAUCUGUUAUCUCUGCUCUGUGGACGAACAUAAAGGUCACGACACAGUCUCAGCUGCAGCAGAAAGGACCGAGAGGCAGAGAGAGCUCGAGCUGAGUCGACAACAAAUCCAGCAGAGAGUCCAGGACAGAGAGAAAGAUGUGAAGCUGCUUCAACAGGAGCUGGAGGCUCUCAAUGGCUCUGCUGACAAAGCAGUGGAGGACAGUGAGAAGAUCUUCAUUGAGAUGAUCCGUCUGGUGGAGAAAAGAAGCUCUGGCGUGAAGCAGCAGAUCAGAUCCCAGCAGGAAACUGAAGUGAGUCGAGUCAAAGAUCUUCAGGAGAAACUGGAGCAGGAGAUCACUGAGCUGAAGAGGAAAGACGCUGAACUGAAGCAGCUCUCACACACAGAGGAUCACAACCAGUUUCUACACAACUACCCCUCAUUGACACCACUCAGUCCGUCUACACACUCAUCCAGCAUCAACAUCCGUCCUCUCAGGUACUUUGAGGCUGUGACAGCAGCUGUGUCAGAGGUCAGAGGUCGACUACAGGACGUCCUGACUGAGUCAGAGACAAACAUCUCACUGACAGUGACUCAAGUGGAUGUUUCACUGUCACAACCAGAGCCCAAGACCAGAGAGGAAUUCUUAACAUAUUCACAGGAAAUCACACUGGAUCCAAACACAGCAAACAAACAUUUGUUAUUAUCUGAGGGAAACAGAAAAGUAACAGUAAUGACAGAAGAACAGUUUUAUUCUAGUCACCCAGACAGAUUCACUGAUCAUCAUCAGGUCCUGAGUGGAGAGAGUCUGACUGGACGUUGUUACUGGGAGGUGGAGAGGAGAGGAGACGUUGAUGUAGCAGUCGCAUACCAGAACAUCAGCAGAGCAGGGAACUCAUAUGAAUGUGUAUUUGGAGACAAUGACAAAUCUUGGUCGUUACAAUGUUUUGAAAACAGUUAUAUCUUUUAUUACAACAGUAUCAACACUCCAGUCUCAGGUCCGGUGUCCUUCAGAGUCGGAGUGUACCUGGAUCACAGUGCAGGUGUUCUGUCCUUCUACAGCGUCUCUGACACCAUGACUCUCCUCCACAGAGUCCAGACCACAUUCACUCAGCCGCUCUGUGCUGGAGUUGCGAUUUAUUAUUAUGAUUAUGGAUCCACAGCUGAGUUCUGUAAACUCAAAUAGACUUGAGUCAUUUAAAGAGCAGUGAGUUAAACUCUGUGUUUAAUCCUUUAACUUCUUUUCCCUCAAAGCUCCUUGUUGUUGUUAUUGUUGUUGUUGUUGUUGUUGUUGUUGUGACAUUUGUGCUCAGCUGUCAGUCAAACACUGUGGGCGGAGCUCUGACGUGUCCUCGUUCGUUGUUGUGUUGAUGUUUGAGUUUGUCGAGGUGGAGAUGGAGCCGUGGACGAUCUCACUGCUCACGAUGACGUUCGUUCACCUCGACUGACUUUUCUCCACAUGAGAAUAUAAACGUGUCUGUGCUCUGAACGUCUUGUGGAAUAUUUGCGUCCAUGUGUUUGUACGUUGCUGCGUCUCUUCCACUACAUUUGGUUCUGAACAGAGAAAUCACCUGACCUUCAUUUAUCACAGAUAUUCUGUUCUCACUUUGUGGAGAAAGAAAUCUAUAAUUACAUUUACAUGAUGUUGUUGUUUUCUAAAUCAGUGAACAGAUAAGUUUCUCUGAUGUGUUAUAACCUGUAAUGAUCAUAAUCAAUGAGAUGAUGUGUUAUUGUAUUUCUUCAUAUCUGAGAUUGAGGUGAAACAAACUGAUUGUGUGGAUGAAGUGAAUCUGUCCAUCAAGUCACUGAACACGAGUCGUUGAACAGACUUUACUGAUUAAAUGUGUGAACGAACUGAAGGUUUCAAUAAAGAAUAAAGAAUAAACGAA